GGUCUGCCUUUUGCCUUCCGGGCGGCCGAGUAGCUACCUGCUGACAAAGAAGCUUGGCAGAGGGCACCACAAGCGCACGAUGUUCGACGAACUCGAGAGCGAAGAUCAGGAGGCCGAAGACGCCGAACGGGACGGCAAGGAAGGCGAGCAGGAGGGUGAAGGGGACGGGAAGGAGGCCGAAGGAGAGGGGAAAGAAAAGGAAGAAGAGUGGACUCCGGGCAAAAGCUUCAACAAAGCUUCCAAACAGAUGGGUGGCGGAGGGAUCAAGAAAGACGCGAUGUUCCCCAACAUGAGCAACAUGCAGCUGGACUGCAAAUUCGGAGUCAGGUGA